AGUACCAAAUAUCCCAAAUCACCAACCACCCCCUUUCUCUUUUCCAGUUUCAGGGGUUUGCGUAAGAUCACUCAAAAUCAAAACUCAUAAAAACAGAAGCUUUAAUGGCUGAACAAGAAGAUGUACCAGAAGGAACCAUUCAAAACGUGUUGGAACAAGAAACUUUGAAGUGGGUAUUUGUUGGCGGCAAAGGGGGUGUUGGCAAAACUACUUGCAGCUCCAUUCUCUCAAUCCUUUUGGCUUCUGUCAGACCCUCUGUUCUUAUCAUUUCUACCGAUCCUGCUCACAAUCUCAGUGAUGCUUUUCAACAAAGAUUCACUAAAUCACCUACUCUUGUUUAUGGGUUCACCAAUUUGUAUGCUAUGGAGGUGGACCCCACUGUGGAGAACGAAGAUACCGGUAGUUCAGAUGGAAUGGACGGUUUCCUAUCAGAUUUAGCAAACUCGAUUCCUGGAAUCGACGAGGCUAUGAGUUUUGCGGAGAUGCUAAAGUUAGUGCAAACUAUGGAUUAUUCGGUGAUAGUUUUUGAUACUGCUCCCACCGGUCAUACACUUCGAUUGCUACAAUUUCCUUCAACAUUAGAGAAAGGUCUUGACAAAAUAAUGAGCCUAAAGAGUAAAUUCGGUGGCUUGUUGGGUCAGAUGACGCGUAUGUUUGGUGUUGGAGAAGAGUUUGGUGAGGAUGCAAUUCUUGGAAAGUUGGAGGGCAUGAAAGACGUUAUUGAGCAAGUAAACAAGCAGUUUAAAGAUCCGGAUUUGACAACUUUCGUAUGCGUGUGCAUCCCUGAAUUCCUCUCGUUAUAUGAGACAGAGAGACUUGUGCAAGAACUUGCUAAGUUUGAGAUUGAUACGCAUAAUAUCAUCAUUAACCAAGUGCUUUUUGAUGAAGAAGGUGUGGAAUCAAAGUUGCUCAAAGCUCGAAUGAAAAUGCAACAAAAAUACUUGGAUCAAUUGCAUAGCUUCAACCCAUGAAUUGUCUUUAAGAGCCAUAUGGAUGUUCUUCGGCUC